CGCGCAGCCCCUUGCCGCGCGUCCUGCCUCCCCCCCACGCUGUCCCUCCCCACGCGGGCCCCCGGGGCCGCCCCGUCGCGCCGCCCGUUCUGAACUAAGUCACCGUGGAGCACCACCGCCACCGUCCCGAAACUUUCACCGCGAGCGGGAAAUAUGGGAUGUAUAAAAUCAAAAAGGAAAGACAAUCUGAAUGACGAUGGAGUAGAUUUGAAGACUCAACCAGUACGUAAUACUGAACGAACUAUUUAUGUGAGAGAUCCAACGUCCAAUAAACAGCCGAGGCCAGUUCCAGAAUCUCAGCUUUUACCAGGACAGAGGUUUCAAACUAAAGAUCCAGAGGAACAAGGGGACAUUGUGGUGGCCUUGUACCCCUAUGAUGGCAUCCACCCGGACGACUUGUCUUUCAAGAAAGGAGAGAAGAUGAAAGUGCUGGAGGAGCAUGGAGAGUGGUGGAAAGCUAAAUCCCUUUCAACAAAGAGGGAAGGCUUCAUUCCCAGCAACUACGUGGCCAAAGUCAACACCUUGGAGACAGAAGAGUGGUUUUUCAAGGAUAUAACCAGGAAAGAUGCAGAACGGCAGCUCCUGGCACCCGGGAAUAGCGCAGGAGCCUUUCUUAUUAGAGAAAGUGAAACGUUGAAAGGAAGCUUCUCCUUGUCUGUCAGAGACUAUGACCCUGUGCAUGGUGAUGUGAUCAAGCACUACAAGAUUAGAAGUCUGGACAAUGGGGGCUACUACAUCUCCCCACGGAUCACUUUCCCCUGUAUUAGUGACAUGAUCAAGCAUUACCAGAAGCAGUCAGACGGCUUGUGCAGAAAAUUGGAGAAGGCGUGCAUUAGUCCCAAACCACAGAAGCCUUGGGAUAAAGAUGCCUGGGAGAUUCCCCGGGAAUCCAUCAAGUUGGUGAAAAGGCUUGGCGCUGGACAGUUCGGGGAGGUCUGGAUGGGUUACUAUAACAAUAGCACCAAGGUGGCUGUGAAGACCCUGAAACCAGGCACCAUGUCUGUGCAAGCAUUCCUUGAAGAAGCAAACCUCAUGAAGACCCUGCAGCAUGACAAGCUUGUGAGACUCUAUGCUGUGGUCACCAAGGAGGAGCCCAUCUACAUCAUCACUGAGUACAUGGCCAAGGGCAGUUUGCUGGAUUUCCUGAAGAGCGACGAGGGUGGCAAGGUGCUGCUUCCGAAGCUCAUUGACUUCUCCGCCCAGAUUGCGGAGGGAAUGGCGUACAUCGAGCGCAAGAACUACAUCCACCGGGACCUACGAGCAGCCAACGUCCUGGUCUCUGAGUCUCUCAUGUGCAAGAUCGCAGACUUCGGCCUUGCUAGAGUCAUUGAAGAUAACGAGUACACAGCAAGGGAAGGUGCUAAGUUCCCUAUUAAAUGGACAGCUCCGGAAGCAAUCAACUUUGGAUGCUUCACAAUUAAGUCUGAUGUCUGGUCCUUCGGAAUUCUUCUGUAUGAAAUCGUUACCUAUGGGAAAAUUCCCUACCCAGGAAGAACUAACGCCGACGUGAUGACCGCCUUAUCCCAGGGCUACCGGAUGCCCCGCAUGGAGAACUGCCCAGAUGAACUCUAUGACAUCAUGAAAAUGUGCUGGAAAGAAAAGGCGGAGGAGAGGCCCACAUUUGACUACUUGCAGAGCGUGCUGGAUGACUUCUACACCGCCACGGAAGGGCAGUACCAGCAGCAGCCAUAGAGAUGCGCCCAUCCCUUGGGCACUGCUGCCCCGUUUCGGAGAAGAAGUGGCCAUCCUGGGCUGCACCAGCUAUCUCACGUGCUGGGCCAAGUUCCCGAAAGCCAAGGCUUCAUCUCUCAGGAAGAACCCCUUUGACUAAGAAUCCUCUUAAACUGAUGCCCAAUGCCCUUCGGCUGGUCAUCUUGCUCUGAGUGACCAACAUCUGGAAAGAGCUCUGGGAGAGACCAACACCUGCUCACUCCAAAAAUACUCCCAUGCUGGCCCUCAGUUAUGACUGGAUAUGUGACUCAAGAGGUUCAGAGACUGUGGUAAUAAAUCCCAGUCGUAGCAGAACUACACUCUUUUAUAAAGCGAACAUAACCAGAUGCAUAGCGUGACCCUUCUUUGCAAUUUUUCUGCUUUGGCUUCCUUGUUUAAAAAAAAAGAUGACUAAUCCAACCAGUUAGAUUUUGCAAGUGAAGUCAGUUGCUUAAAAAAUGUCUUUCCCAGAUUUCAGUGUUUUUUUUUUUUUUUUUUUUCCCUCAUCCUCUGAAAUCUGAGGCAAACAUCUUCCUUUAGUGGACACUGCUCGCAUCUGCUGGACAUGCAGCGGAUGUGUCCUGUGAUGUGGUGUUCUCAGCUGCCCCGGGCCCAGCCAGACCUCCCAGGGAGAGAAGAGCAUCAGAAACUGCUCCGCCUUGAUAAGUAUUCUUGAUGGUCCAGCCUUUUCAGUCCCACAGCAUCCUGUGACAGUGUCAUGUGGAAGACACUGGUCAGGCCUCCUAAAACAUAAGUGUUCCUUUGUUGCUUCACAUGAUUUGAACAUUAUUUUAAGGAUCAAGUGUUAAUUUUAGGUUGUACUCUAGAAGGUAAAAAAUGUUACCUGUGGGGCUAUUUUUGUGACUAUGUGGUCUUUUCUAUUCUAGCUUUUUAAGAUGUGUGGGAGACUAUUUAUACCCAAGGAUAUGAAAGAAAGCAGGUGACUUCAGAGGCUCCUAUGAGCCAUGAGGGCAGCUGAGUCAAGAAAUUUUGUUUACUCAAUUUUUCUACUGUCAGCUUUGAAUGGGAAAUUGCUGUAACACGUUUCACUUACCCUGUUGUGUAUAUACCUAAUAUUUCUAUUUUUGAUUUUAUUUUAAUACACAUGUCCUAAUAACAUCUCAA